GCGCACGCACAAUUUGAGCGCAGCUCCAAAGCGCGGCGCUUGCAAGCCAGCGCGAUGAAGAGGAGGAUCCAGAAGAAAUACUUGAUUCUGAUCCUCGCCUACACGGGCUUGCUCUUGCUCAUCCCUUAUGUGUUCGACUUCGGGGAGCGCUCGAUACAGCGCGCCAAGCACGGGCUCCAGCAGCAGCAGCAGCAAUCUCGGUGCUCGGACCUGAAGAAUGCCGUGGAGCUGCUGUGGGAGCACGGCUACAAAGUGGACGGCGCUAACGGCACGGAGCCGCCCGGGCCCGGCGCGCCUCGCACGCACAUCUACCUGCACGCCACCUGGAGGACCGGCUCGUCGUUCCUGGGCGAGCUGUUCAACCAGCAUCCGGACGUGUUCUACCUGUACGAGCCCAUGUGGCACAUCUGGCAGGCCCUCUACCCGGGCGACGCGGGCAGCCUGCAGGGCGCCGUGCGCGACAUGCUGAGCGCGCUGUUCCGCUGCGACUUCUCCGUGCUCAAGCUGUACGCGGGCUCGCAGAACCUCACCACAGCCUUCAUCUUCGGAUGGAAGAUGAACAAGGUGGUGUGCUCCGAGCCCCUUUGCGACGCCCACCAGCGUCACCGCGUCGGCCUGGUGCAGGAGGACCGCUGCGCCAAGUGCCCCAAGCGGGACAUCCGCGAGCUGGAACGGGAGUGCAAGAAGUACCCGGUGGUGGUCAUCAAGGGCGUGCGCGUUCUGGAUCUCAGCACCUUGGUGCCCCUCAUGAAGGACCCGGCCAUCAACUUGCACAUCGUGCAGCUUUUCCGCGACCCGCGAGCCGUGCACAACUCUCGCCUCAAGUCUAAGCAGGCACUGGUGAAGGAGAGCAUCCAGGUUUUGCGCAGCAAAAAGCACAGCGACAAGUACAAGCGUCUACUGGUUCCCAACAACCGCAUGAACCGCGCCGAGAGCUACGUGUCCGGCGCCAUGGAGCUCAUCUGCGACAACUGGCUGGGCGACAUGAUGCUGGUGACCAACGCGCCGCCCUGGGUGCGCCGCCGCUACCAGCGGGUCCGCUACGAGGACCUGGUAUUGCACCCGGCCGAGGAGCUGCAGAAGCUCUACCGCUUUUCCAACCUGUCCACAUCGCCGGAGCUGGAAAGCUUCGCGCUCAACAUGACCCAUGGCCGCGGUUACUCAUCGGACCGGCCUUUCCUCAUCUCGUCUCGGGACGCCAAGGAGGCCAUCUACGCCUGGAGGGAGAGGCUGAGCGUGGAGCAAAUCAACCAGGUGGAGGCUUACUGCAGCGAGGUUAUGAGGCAGCUUGGAUACCCCAAACACGGCAUGCACAAAACCACAUGAGGAAAGGCGUACAGGGCCUGCAAGUCGAGUAUGAGGGCAAAAGCAGGGACUCCUGCUGGAACGUGGCCGACUGGGAGCGGUGAGCUUCGCUCUGGCUGCUAUUUUUUUUUCCAGCUGAACACCGAGACCCUGACAAGGAGUAGGAAGAAAUAAAAAAAAGUGGGUCACCGAGGCUGGAAUGCUUCAAAUACUGGGGCGCCUCUUCCCACUUUUACCUGUUGAGCAGUAGUCUGGAGGCUGCUUGACACAUCACUGCCCCUUUUUAGGCACACUAAUCCUCCCGACGCCCUGACUCUAAAUCCCCGUAAAAAGUUGGGUGGAUUCAGGGUGACACCAAAAGGUCGGAGCCUCACCUUGGCGUGACUGGGUUAAGUGGAUCUGCUAACUACGCUAACUUGGAAGUUCAAGGAGACUGUGUGUGCUUUGAGAGGCCUGCGUGAGGAAGUCUUGUCCCUCCCCCGCCUGCCUCCUCCUCAUUCCAACCCCUCUUAGCCCCGGAGGAAUCUGGACAGCUGCAGCAGCACCACACUGACAAAACACUCACAUGGGCGGGGCUUUUUUUUCCACCCCUGUCCUUCCAAUGACUUGUUUUUUUUUUGGGGGGGGGGGUACUGAUUAGGGUUGCACAAUUUUUAAAGUUACAGUCGAGACUCUCCGUGGGAAUUGAUGGGAAUCAAUGGGAAUAGAUCAAGAAUUGACAAUAUUGAAGAUUGGCGCUUAAUAAUUCCAUGCCAAGGGUUUUCAGAGCAGCCACCCUCUGAUUGGUCGGAGUUUUAGUCCAUUUUGACUGAUGUGUCAAGACCCAUAAAAUUUUAUGUUCUGUGACAUGCAAUGUAUACACUAGUAAUACGCCGUCGAAGUAUGUUGCAAUCUCCUCACACAAAUACCCGGAGAGCUGCUUGUAUCUGUGUCCAUACAAAUUGGAUUUUCAACCGAGCGGCAGACACGCAGAAGGAAACGGAGAAAAUAUAUUUACUGAGAUGUCCUCGCAUGUUGGCAAGAUCUGCUUACGGCAAAACAAAAUGCUGAACAUGAUUUCCAAUCAAUUACCCUCAAAUCGUAACGUUUCCAUUUUGGUGUAUUUGCCAAAUUACACUGCUUAACUUCCCAUGGAAAUUUACUGUGAAUUUUCCACCCCUUGGCAACGUUCAUCCUGAUUAUUUAUAUCAAAUCUUUUUUGUGGUCCAAACAUGGUCAAAGUGUUCAUCCAGAUGAUGGAUGUUUUGAUGAUCAACUUCAGAAGUUGGAUUUUUUUUCUGUGUCAUACUUUGUAAGCGACAUUAAUAACUUUUAAACUGUUUAAAGUUACCGCAAUAAACACUGAGUGAAAACCAA